CUUUAAGCAAUUAUAUAUAAAAAAUGAGAUGGUAAUAAUUACUUUAUAGUUAAAAAGAAAUUCAUUUGUAAAGUUACAUUAUUUGUCAGUUCCUGUCAUUUCACGAUGUCACUUCCUUUGGAAGUCACUUCCUGUGUAGUCACUUCCUGUUGACUAACUUCCUGUUUAGCUCAAUCUGGGUUUGUUGAAAGCAUGGCAGACAUGAGCAUAGUCCGAAUUCAAUCCGCUAGCAUCCACAUUGAAGCAUCAUAGAGGCAAUGCCUUUUCACCAACAUGUCAAUGAGGAAUUGUGACAGUAAAUGGUCAACCUUACUACGACUCUGUCUUCAUUGGCUGCGGUUUAACUUGGUGUUUAGUCAGAGUUUCAACACACUGAAUGAGAACACUACAGUGAAAAGGCAGCAUUGGAUGUUUUGAAAUGGUCAAGAUGGCAACAAGCAACAAGUCGUCUGUUAGCAGCGCUAGGAGCAUCAAGACAUCAGCAUCAUCGGCAAGUGUAGCCCACGCCCGGGCUAAAGCAGAAGCUGCAAAGGUGAGAGCAUCAUAUGCUAGCCAAGAGGCUAAACUGAAAUUGGAAAAGGCCACAAGAGAUGCUCAAAAUCAGUUGGAAACGGCAAGAAUAGACACAGAGUUGGAAGUGCUAAUGCUACAUCGAGAGGCCGAUGCAGCCAUAGUGGCAGCUCAAGUGUUGGAGGACGCUGAAGCUACGCAGUCCGUUGUUGAAGAUGGAAAAUCUGAAGCAGAAAAGGCGAAGAUUGAACGCACCAGUGAAUAUGUGCAAUCACAGAUUGACUUUAGGAAUAAUUCUCCCACACAAUCUUUAUCAGUCUUACGUGUUGCUCCCCCAAUUCAUGCGGAGUCACAUGACAGCUUCAUUACAUGGCGUCCACCCGUAAAAGACAAUACUCAAUCACAACCUUUCAGCAACAAGCCAAAGUCUGAAAAAGCUGACAAUAAGCACAUACCUGACCCAACUAAAGUUGCAACAAAGUCUGAAGUUAGAAGAAUGAACCCCACCACGAAUGUUCAUGCUCAGUCGUAUACUCCUCGACAUGCUUCUCCAGUUGGAACACCACCUUCCCCCCUGGUGGAGCCUUUGGCACAGUAUUUAGCACGACGAGAACUUGUCACUUCAGGACUGUACCAAUUUGAUGAUAAGCCCGAAAAUUAUCAUGCAUGGUAUUCCUCAUUCACCAACGCAGCCAGUGAAGUUAACCUCACAUCAACCCAAGAGUUGGACCUCAUGACUAAAUGGCUGGGAAAGGAAUCAGGCGAACAGGUGAAACGCAUACGCUCAGUGCAUGUCAGCAACCCCAAUCUAGCUUUACACAAAGCAUGGGAGAGACUACGUGAAUGCUAUGCUGCCCCGGAAGUCAUCGAAAAGUCACUGUUUCAGCGCUUGGACAACUUUCCUAAGGUUUCAGCCAAGGACCCCUCCAAAUUACGUGAACUUGGGGAUUUGCUCACGGAGAUCGAAGGCGCUAAAGAAGAUGGAUAUCUCACUGGCUUGUCAUAUCUGGACACUUCUCGGGGUAUUGGACCAAUCGUGGACAAGCUUCCAUAUGGGCUUCAGGAGAAGUGGGUAUCUUCAGGGUCACGGUACAAAGAAGAAAACCAUGGUCACUUCCCUCCCUUUGAGUAUUUUUGCAACUUUGUGUGCUACGAGGCGAAAAAGCGAAAUGACCCUAGCUUCAUUUAUCAGGGCAGCACCACAAUGCCCAUAAAACCAGAUAAAUCCUUUUCGCGGAAUUUUAACACCAACAAACCCAUCUCAGUGCACAAAACUGAUCUCUCUACAACCAACGAUGAUCCUAACAAGAACUGCCCAUUACAUAACAAACCCCAUCCCCUUAAAAAAUGUAGAACAUUCAGGUACAAACUCCUUGACGACAGAAAGGCGUUCCUCAAAGAGAAAGGAAUAUGUUUCAAAUGCUGUUCCUCAAUCUCCCACUUCGCCAAAGACUGCAGGUCCUCUGUGAAGUGCUCUGAAUGCGACAGCACCAGUCAUGAUGCGGCCAUGCAUCCUGGCCCAUCUCCUCAAACUGUCAAGGCUCCUCCACCAUCACAAGAGAACGGCGGGGAGGGAGAAGACCGUUCUAACACGACUGUUGUUAGAACAAGCUGCACAGAAGUUUGCGGUCCAGGUCAGUGGAGCCGCUCAUGCUCCAAGAUCUGCCUCGCAAAGCUAUACCUCAAAGGUUCUGAGGACAUGGCAAUCAAAGCCUAUGUAAUUCUGGAUGACCAGAGCAAUCGCUCAUUAGCCAGACCAGAGUUCUUCGAGCUGUUCAACGUGAAGAGCAAACCAUUCUCAUACCAUCUCCGAACUUGCUCCGGCAUUGUAGAAACAUCCGGCAAGAAGGCAGAAGGAUUCCAGGUCGAGUCAAUGGAUGGCAAAGUUCUCAUCUCUCUUCCACCACUCAUUGAGUGCCUUGAGAUCCCGAUCAAUCGGUCUGAGAUUCCAACACCAAGCGCAGUCCUACACCAGCCUCAUCUCCAUCACAUUGCCAAGCACAUCCCAGAACUGGACCCAGAAGCAGAAAUACUAUUGCUACUCGGAAGAGACGUCCUCAGGGCACACAAGGUCAGGCAGCAGGUCAACGGACCACAUAACGCCCCCUUUGCCCAACGCAUGGACUUGGGCUGGGUGCUUGGAGAGGUGUGCUUGGGUAAUGUACAUAAACCGACAGUCAACACGUUCAAGACCAACGUGCUGGACAGUGGUCGCCACUCAAUGUUUCAACCCUGUACAAGCUUCAUGCAUGUCAAGGAGACGCAGCAAAGCUUUAACAGGUCUGAUAAAGCACCUGAGAGAAUGCUGGGACAGACAGUAUUCAACCGAACCGAGUAUGACAACAAACCUGCUCCAUCAGUGGAAGACACCAUCUUCUUAAAGAUAAUGGACACAAACGUCUACAGAGACGACGCUAACAGUUGGGUUGCCCCACUGCCCUUCAGAGAACCACGACAGCCUUUACCAAAUAACAAACAGCAGGCAAUCAACCGUUUCACGUCUCUGCAACGAACCUUGAAAAGAAAAUCUGAGAUGCAGGAACAGUAUGUGGCGUUCAUGGAGAAGAUCUUUGCUAAUGGACAUGCCGAGGUAGCACCGCCACUGAGGGCAGAUGAGGAAUGCUGGUAUCUUCCAACGUUUGGGGUUUAUCACCCACAGAAACCCAAUCAGAUCAGGGUUGUCUUUGAUUCCAGCGCCCAGUCCUCUGGUGUCUCCCUCAAUGACGUGCUCCUCACAGGACCCGACCUCAACAACUCCCUUCUUGGGGUCUUGCUACGCUUUCGGAAAGAGAAGGUUGCAAUCCUAGCGGACAUCCAACAGAUGUUCCAUUGUUUCUUAGUGCGCGAGGACCAUCGCAACUUCCUCCGUUUUUUAUGGCACAAGGACAAUGACAUCAACGAGGAAGUUAUUGAGUACCGGAUGAAGGUCCACGUCUUUGGCAACUCGCCAUCUCCUGCUGUGGCCGUCUACGGACUGCGAAGAGCCAUCAGAGAAGGUGCACAGGAGCACGGUGCUGAUACUGUCAAGUUCGUGGAAAGACACUUCUAUGUUGACGAUGGCCUGAUAUCCCUACCAUCUGAAGCUGACGCUAUCGACCUUCUCCAACGAACACAGGCCUCACUCGCCGAAUCUAACCUUCGCUUGCACAAGUUCGUAUCAAACUGUCAGGCAGUAAUGGAGGCCUUCCCACCUGAAGAUUGUGCUCCAGUAAUCAAAGACCUUGAUCUGAAUGGAGAAAAUGCACCCACACAACGGAGCUUAGGUCUACUAUGGGAGAUCUCGUCUGACACAUUCACCUACUCUGCAUCGACCAUGAACAAACCAUUCACUCGCCGUGGAGUCCUCUCCAUGGUGAACAGUGUUUUUGAUCCCCUGGGUCUGCUGGCACCUGUCACGAUCCAGGGAAGAGCGCUCCUCAGGGAGCUUACCUCAGAACAGUCUGACUGGGACUCACCUCUCCCGGAAGACAAAUCAAGCAGAUGGGAAGCUUGGAGAGAUUCCCUCCAAGACCUGAAACAGCUUCAUGUUCAGCGUACAUACACAACAACCUCUCUCACGAAAGCAGUGCACACAGAAUUGUGUGUGUUCUCGGACGCGUCAACCAAGGCCAUUGGUGCUGUGGCGUAUCUGAAAGUGGUGCAGGAAGAUGGAUAAACCGAAGUAGGAUUCGUUAUGGGCAAGGCAAAGCU